UGCUUCUUUCUAAAUACUUGAGCGGCCUCUCAAACGGGCAGUCAUAGAACCAACGCUACUCUUUCUCCGCACUGCAGUUUUGCGCCCGCUCCUUUCUGGUGAUUACCAGCUAGUACCUAUCAUGGAGGCUGCUCUGACCGAAUUCACACUGUUCCCUCAAUUACCAGCCGAGCUAAGGAUCAAAAUAUGGGAGUUGGUACCAAGACCCAGCCGCGUGGUUGGCGUUUUACCUCCAGCCUCUAACUGGUAUCGUCACUACUACCGCGCAAUUGGCUCUAGAGCCAGCUCAGGCGGGGGACGUCCAGGGACGGGAUCUUGGCAACGCUACCAUUAUCGAUACAUUGUUCAGCCAAGAGAACAUGCGAUAUUUCCUCUGCUUCAUGUGAACCGCGAGGCUCGAGACGUUUGGUUGCCACAUUUCUUUCAGCCUUCUCGCCAUUCUCGAGUAUCGGAUCUUGAUAUUCGAUUCGAUACGCCUUUCAUCAGCUACGAUACGGAUAUUUUCACAGUCUUUGAUGGGUGGCCGUCAAGAGGCAUCCCCGUGGAUGCUUAUCGCAGCCCCGUGAUACUUGACGACGACGAUGAACCAGUGGAUGGCUUCAUAGCCCUCGACCGAAAGCGAAUAAAAAACGUUGCACUUUGUGAAAUCCCAGGAGACAUCACAUCUUUCACCGGCUCCGUCGCCAUCCGUCAACUACCGAACCUGCAAAACCUAACAAUCCUGGCUUUGGGACCCGACUCGACCUAUCGACCUGCGUCUCUCACUUCCCAAAACGGCAAUGAAAUCAGUCCACCAAUUCUCGAGAUGCUAGCAGUGGAUAUCCAGCGAGGUAGCUCUGAUAUCUAUGAGCUUCCUUUAGACUUGGUCCAUAAGAGUCCGUUUCUCAAUGGCUCAAGACUACGACACGCAAUAGCCGUGUCGCCCAGUAUACGUCCACUAUUUCGCUAUAAAACAUUUAUUCUAUCCUUGCUCUGGCAUGAACUCAGGCAAAAGAACGCGGCAGAAGCAAUAGCAGCAUCCUGGUGGGAAUACACCGAGUACUUGUUUGAAGACUGCCGUGAAGAAGCACAGUGCCCUUUAAUGUUGAGCGGCUGCGGCGGUGAAGGCCAUACAAAACGCGAAAUGAUGGAUUGGAAGGCCAGUUUUGAGAUUAAUUAUAAACUUCUUUAUGCCACGGAGUGGAAAGAUGAGCUCAAGCGGAUUGGAGUUAUUAAACAUGAUAUGUGAAAAUCGGCCAAGGGGAGUUAGUACGCUAUUACAUUAUCACUAUAAGUUUUCCUACAACGGCCUGGUGCUCUAUCAGUAUCGCAAACUGCAGCAUUUUAAUAGUAAUAAACUACGUAUAUGCAUUUUAUUGCCAUGUAGAAAGCAGAU